AUGGUGGUGCUGGUGUCCAUUGUGGAAGCAGCUGUCAAGACCCUUCUCCUCCUUCUCUGCCUCAUCAGCCUCAUACUGGAAAACCCAGGUCUCUUCUCACAGAGUCAGGUACCACAGGAGGAAGGUGAUGAGGCCCACAAGAGGCAUGAGAGACGCAAACACAGCAUCCAGUUAAUGCCUCAGUCCUGUGACACAGAGACCCUGACACUUACCCUAGAGAUGCUGUGGCUGCUGCUGCUGGCACUGUUGUGGGCAGGGUCCCUGGCUGAGGAUGGAGGAUUUCGGCUGCAAGUGCAGGGGUCUGUGAUGGUGCAGGAGGGCCAGUGCAUCUUCGUGCCCUGCACUGUGAUCUAUCCCAAGAUAGGCUGGACUGAGUCUGACAUAGCUCAUGGCUACUGGUUCCUGGAAGGGGCCAAGUCAGGCGAGGAUGAUCUUGUGGCCACAAACAACCCCAAUCGCAAAGUGAGGGACCAGACCAGGGUCUGAUUCAUCCUCGUUGGGGACCCCCGGACCUACAACUGCUCCCUGCACAUCAGAGAUGCACAGAAAAGGGACACAGGGAGAUACUUCUUUAGGGUGGAGCGAGGGUCCUGUGUGAAAGAGAAUUACAAAAACAACAUGCUCUCUGUUCAUGUGACAGAAAAGAAAUUGGAUCUGGUGCCUGACAUCCACAUCCAGGGGACCCUGGAGUCUGGACACCGUAUUACCUGUACAGUGUCAUGGGCCUGUGACAGAGAGACACCACCCAUCUUCUCCUGGACGGGAACCAACCUUGCACCCCUGGGUCCCAGGACUCCCAACUUCUCAGUGCUCACCCUCACACCAGGGCCCCAGCAGCAUGGCACCAACCUCACCUGUCGAGUGGCCUUGCCAGGUAGUGAGAUCAGGGAGAGGAUCGUCCAGCUCAACCUGACCUACCCCCCACAGCUGCAGGGACCCUCCUGCUCCUGGGAGGAUGAGGGUCUCCACUGCACCUGCUCCUCUUGAGCCCAGCCAGCCCCCUCCCUGUGCUGGUGGCUGGGGGAGGCCCUGCUGGAGGGGAACCACAGCAAUGCCUCCCACACGGUCACCUUCCACUCAGCAGAGCCCUGGGUCAACAGCUCCCUGAGCAUCCGUGGGGAGCUUAUAUCCAACCUCAGGCUGGGAUGUGAGGCCCAGAAUGCCCAUGGGAAAGAGACAGUGACUGUCCUGCUGCUGCCAGGGCGACCAGGAUAUAGGACAGGAGUGAUUCAGGGGGUUGUUGGUGGAGCUGGUGCCUCAGCCCUGCUGGCUGUCUGCCUCGGCCUCAUCAUACUGAGGAUCUGCAGGAAGAAAUGGGCAGAGAAGGCAGAGAGCCAGGAAGGCAUCUCCCAGCUGCCCCCAGUGCCGGCCACCUCCCCCUCAGAGCAUGAGCUCCACUAUGCUGCUCUCAGUUUCCACAACAUGAAACCACACAACACUCAGGCCCAGGAGACUCUGUACUCUGAGGUCAAGAUCCAGAAAUGA